AUACGAAUACGAAAUUAAUUAAUUAAGGUCUAAAUUAACGUUUUUUUUAUUUAUUGCAAAUUUUCCUGUUAAUUCGAUGUUUUAAGGUCAUUUAGUUUUUAAAACUUCUGAUAUUUGUUGGUUUCCUAAGCAAAAUGCCAGUAGAGCAAAUUCAAUAUUCUGAAAAGUAUUGUGAUGAUAGAUAUGAAUACAGGCAUGUGAUAUUGCCAGCUGAUUUGGCCAGACACGUUCCAAAGACUCAUCUCAUGACUGAAACUGAAUGGAGAAAUUUGGGAGUCCAACAAAGUCCUGGAUGGGUUCAUUAUAUGAUGCAUGGGCCAGAGCCACACGUUCUGUUAUUUCGUAGACUGAAACCCGAUUUUGUAACAAUACAUAGAUGCGCACAGAGAGAACAGACUGUCGUUUGUUAUAACUGAAUAUAAGACUGAUCGAAUACGAAAUUGCAUGUAAAUAAGAUGUAUCUUAAUUGUACACUGCUGAUUUAUAAGUAUAAUAGCAAGAGAAAUUAAUAGCAUAAGAAUG